AUGAGCGUCGAACGAGUACUUGUGGGAGCCGCCACGUUUGGCUCCAUCUUUGCCUUGCUUAUGGCCGGAUAUGCCUUCCCGAAGAUCCUCUCCGAUCUGUCUGAUGUUCACUCCCGUGUGAGCGACACCGUCAAGGUGUUCAGCGUUGACGCCGACGCCGCCUGGGGAAGCAUCAUCGAUCUCCAGAUCUCGUCAUCUCCUCCAUCGGUCCGCGAAAAUCCCUUCAACUCGAUCUUCCGUCCAAAACGUCAGGCGAACGGUCUCCCCGCUUGGUGUCAAUGCGCUCCAUCCAAGCCUAACUGCCCCCGCGGACCACCCGGCCCACCUGGACCCGCUGGAACCGCCGGAGCCCCUGGUAUGCCUGGCCCAGCUGGACAAGACAACCACCAUGUCUAUCCAUCGUCUUCUUGCCCACCAGUCGCCCACGAUUGCCCUCAAUGCCCACCUGGACCACCUGGACCCGAUGGACCAAUGGGAUCAGCCGGACCAAUGGGUAACCCUGGAGCCCCUGGAGGAGCUGGCCAGCCUGGAUCUGAUGGACAUCCCGGAGGACCCGGACAACCGGGUGGACCUGGUCCCGCUGGACAAAAUGGAAAGCCUGGAGCUCCCGGACAGCCCGGAAGAGAUGCUGUGCAGAGCAGUGGCUCGCCUGGAAGUCCCGGACCCGCUGGACGCCCUGGACCCGCUGGACAUCCUGGAAAGCAAGGAGGCCCUGGAGGACCUGGACCCGCUGGAGACGCUGGACCAGCUGGUGCACCUGGACAACCUGGAGGCAACGGAAUUCCCGGAGGAGCCGGACAAGCCGGAUCAGAUGGACAGCCCGGCAAGGAUGCUGCUUACUGUCCGUGCCCACCCCGAAACGGAGCCUAUGUCGCGAAACUCCGUCGUUACCGUGGA